AUGUCAAUUUUUUUCACUAUAGGACGGGUAAAACAACAAACACAACAAUGUCAAGAUAUAUCAAAGAAAAAAAAGGUUAAAAUUGUAAAAAAUCAUAAUGGUACCUCUGAUACUUUAAAUUCAAAUGAUAGAGAUAGUUCAGAAGAUGAAGUUGAGCAGAUUGAUGACCAAAUUGAAAAUGAAGCUAAACAAUUUCUUUCAGUUUUAAUGGAAAAUAUGAAAGCAUUAAACCUCCUUAAGUGUCUUUUAAAGUAUUUAGGAAAUUCACGUUUUGGUAAUAAUUUUUUUGGUAAUCAUUUUAAUAUUGGUUCUGACAAUGAUUCUGAUAUUG